ACUUGACCCGUCCGUCUGUUUUUUCUCCUCCACUCCACUGGUUUCCGCUUUCGCUUGCUAUUUUCUUAGGAACCAAACGAGAGAGAGAGUAUGUCGGUGAUGAUAGUUACAAGUUUAGGAGAUAUAGUAAUUGAUUUAUUUACUGAAAAAUGCCCCUUGACCUGCAAGAAUUUCUUGAAGCUUUGCAAAAUUAAAUAUUACAAUGGUUGCCUAUUUCACACUGUUCAAAAGGAUUUUACUGCACAAACCGGUGAUCCAGCUGGUACUGGAGCUGGUGGUGAUUCUAUUUACAAAUUUCUCUAUGGUGAUCAAGCGCGAUUUUUUAGUGAUGAAAUCCAUCUUGAUUUGAAACAUUCUAAGACUGGAACCGUUGCAAUGGCAAGUGCUGGUGAGAAUCUGAAUGCUUCUCAGUUCUAUUUCACCUUGCGUGAUGGUUUGGACUACCUUGAUGGCAAGCAUACUGUCUUUGGAGAGGUGGCAGAAGGCCUUGAAACUCUGACUAGGAUAAAUGAAGCUUAUGUGGAUACAAAGAACAGGCCUUUCAAAAAUAUUCGAAUCAAACACACAUAUAUACUUGAUGAUCCAUUUGAUGAUCCUCCUCAGCUGACAGAAUUGAUUCCUGAUGCUUCUCCAGAAGGAAAACCGAAGCAGGAGGUUGAAGAUGAGGUACGGCUUGAAGAUGAUUGGGUGCCCAUGGAUGAGCAGUUAGGUCCAGCAGAACUUGAGGAGGUUCUUCGUGCAAAGGAUGCACAUUCUAGUGCUGUUGUACUUGAGAGUAUUGGGGAUAUUCCUGAUGCUGAGAUGAAGCCUCCAGACAAUGUCCUUUUUGUUUGUAAACUGAAUCCAGUUACUGAAGAUGAGGACUUGCAUACAAUCUUUUCACGCUUUGGAACUGUUAUAUCGGCUGAAAUUAUCCGUGAUUUCAAAACUGGAGACAGCUUAUGCUAUGCAUUUAUAGAGUUUGAGACCAAAGAGUCAUGUGAGCAAGCAUAUUUUAAGAUGGAUAAUGCUUUAAUUGAUGAUAGAAGGAUACAUGUGGAUUUCAGUCAGAGUGUUGCAAAACAAUGGGCUGAAUACAGGCGCAGAGGUGGUCAAAUGGGUAAAGAAAGAGGCUGCUUCAAAUGUGGUGCUCCUGAUCACACGGCCAAGGAUUGUACCGGGGGCCCUCCCACCAAGCAACUCCAACCUCCAAAAUAUGUUCUGAAGGAUGAUAACAUGCAGCAUGGUGGAAAAAAUAACUCCAGAUAUGAAAUGGUAUUUGAUGGAGAUACUCCGGAAAGUCCAAGACAAGAAAAGAGAAAUGGACGACAUGAUCCAGAGAGAGAGAAGAUGCACAGGAGAAGUUUGGAAGACCUGAAACAUGGGGCUGAAGAAAAGAAAUAUCAAGGUGAUGGGCAUAGGCAGCGUGACAGAAAUAGGGGACACAGGGAGGAUGAUAGGCAUCAUGAAAAGAAACCAAGUCGAUAUCCUGAGGAACGAACAGAUAGAAGAAAAGAGAGAGAUGAUGAUAGGAGAGAUGAUCGAGAUUAUUGGAACAGAAGUGCCGAUGUUGAAGGCCGUGGAGAUGGGAGGGAAAAUGAAGGUUAUAGAAAAAGAACUGCAGAUUAUGAUAGUCGCAGGGGAGAAUUGAGGGAUGGCUCCAAUUACAAAAGGAGAUACAUAGAUGGUGACAAACAGGACUCGAGAGAUGAAUCAAGCCAUAGAAAUUAUGAUGGCCAUCAAGGCAGGAGGGAAGGUCAGGAACAUAGACGCCGAGGCAGUGCAAGUGUUGAUCAGGAACAUGAUCGUGAGAGAAGGCAUCGAAGUGACAGAAGGAGAUGAAAUAUGAGAUGUUAUCUUGCUGGAACUUGGACUUGUAGUUUUCUUUGGUAUUCUAUCACUUAAUAUUAAAAUCCUUGGACCUUAAUUGUUUCUUGCAGAAGAAGUCCUUUGAGCAUAAUAUGUUUUGAGAGACUAGAUUCACUUCCAUACUUGUAAAAUAACAUCGGGGUCUUUCUUAACUUAAGCAUCAAAUUGCGGACAGAUGCAAUUAUCUGAA